CCAAGUUGUGAGAGGGGGGCCUGGCCGCGCCCCCACUGUUUUGAUGCUUUAGAAAUCGUAGAUGCUUCUCGAAUGAUCCCCGCGCUGAGGACAAAUCAAGAUCAUCACAACUGAUUGCUAUUUGAAUGUGAUUCAAUAAAAAGUGGGACGAUUAUCUGACUCGUGAUGAACUGCAAACAUCCUCGUCCGUACGCCAGCAAAAGAAUGUUUUGCUUUCCCUGGGCCGGAGGCGGUGCCUCCUUCUACACUGCCUUGAGUGAAGAAAUCACAGAUGAACUUGAAGUUAUAGCUUUAUGCCUGCCAGGACGAGAACAAAGGUUUAAGGACGAAGGAUACAACUGCCUAAAAGAAUUACUUGAUGAACUAGUGGAGACAAUACAUGACAAGUAUUGGGAUAAGCCAUUUAUCUUCUUUGGUCACAGUAUGGGAGCUUUGAUUUCAUUCUUCUUGGCUGUGGAGUUGAAGAAAGUCUACAACAGAGAGCCAGAGUGCAUGAUUUUAUCAGGAACUGUGGCCCCAAAUGCACCUAAUGUGAAUGAAUCAAGAUUGAGCCCAAAAAAUAUGACCAAAGAUGUAUUUAUGUCAAAAUUACAAGAAUUGGGAGGCACCCCUCCAGAGUUUUUAGAGCACCCUGAACUUGUGGACAUUUACUACCCUGUCAUGUAUGCAGAUUUAAUUUUGAUACAAGAAAUGGUAUAUGAUCACCCUGCUGGUGCAAAAGCUCCACUCUCCUGUCCGAUUGAUUUUUUUGAUGGUGAAGAGGAUCGGGAUCACAGGAUGGAUGACUGGAAAAAAUUGACCAGUGGAGCAAUCUCAUACCGCAAGAUGCCAGGGGCUCAUUUCUUUCUGAAACAGCCAGAUAACAAGAAGAAACUGGUCAGCUUUAUCAACAUGAGAUACAGUGGCUUCAAUGACAUAGUCUAGUCAAGUGUGCUUUGUUGUUAGGGUGGAGGAGGUGGAAACUAACAGACUUCUCCUUCUCAAGAUGAGCAAUUUUCAAACUUCUAUAUAUGAUAUGAAUAUUUCUAUGGUUUAUUGUUUGAGAUUGUUUUUACUAGUCAUUUACUGUUCACAGCGGGGAAAGCUGUACAGCUUGUGAAGACCUACAAUGAAUGUACCCUUGUAAAGGUGGGGGGAGAGCACCACAAUGCAAUUUUACGCGGAACAGAAAAGAAUCAAAUAAGUUUUCUUGUCUCUGAAAAAAUAGGGGGAUUUUUUAAAGGUUACCGUAGGUACUUAGUACACACCUAAGCUGCUGAAGGAAUUUGGAAAUUGUUCAAAAUCAUGAUUCUACUGCCUCGGAAUGUUCUUUCAAGAAGGAGAAUAUAUUGAUUGUUGCAUUAUGUUAUUAUGUUCUUUUUUUCCAGAAAAGUUCAGUAUUUUUUGUUUAAGGGUAUUUGCUUCAUUUGCAUUUGAUGUUUUGUGUCUUUGAAGAUACAGAGAAACAUGUUUACAACGAAGUUGUAACAUCCAAUCUUCAGUUCAUUGAAUCUGAGAGUUUGUUAUAAGAAAGGUUUCACCAAUUUGAGCAUUGUUAUCGACCAUUUAUAUAAAGGAAAAGAAGCAGUGAUAUUUCAAAGUGCUUGCUUAUACUUAUAUUAGCGGUUUGAACAAUAGGGUCGCGCUUGUGCAAGAUUCAAUUUUUUUUUUUCAUGUGAACUACACAGAACUUAAAAAAGCUUUACCAACGUCUUUUACUAGUAGAGAUAUUGGUUUUAUCUUCAGUUACGUGUUUCUUGGUCUGUACCUGCUCUUCUCAGCUCUUCUUAUCAUCUCCUUGUCUUUCGAUGACGUUUACAGAGAGCUUGAUUCACUGCUGUAUUUACCACACUAUUGUUUCUUUUUUCUACCUUUUUGGAAUUCUUAAGUUAUACAAAGCAACUGGAUUCCAAGCAAAAGUCACGGGGGUUUUUUUACUGCUAUACCAAAUGUGUCUUCGAUUAAUGAUGAUAACCGAACUGCUGCAUUGUUACACCAUACAAACAGGAGGCAUUUUCUUUUCUUUGAUGCCAUACCACCCAAUGCGUUGAAGACUGAAUAACAUUGAAAACUAAAGUGGUGGUGCUGCACAAAAAUCUGAACUCUGCUGAAGCGCAUGCUCUAUAAAGAGGCUGAUUUGUUUAAAUGCACGCCUGAUCAUUUACAUGUUCUUAAAAUACUAGUCAUAUUGUUGAUUUUAAUGAAUAAAAAUGGAGAAGCCUUCUCCUUUAGUUCAGUCCAAGUUUCCAUUGAAUCCGAGCUCUUUGUAUCCAAGUUUCACUUUAUGAGUAGAGUGAGACAGGAUACAUUAUUAUAUGGCUUAACAGAGAAAAGAAAAAAAAGAAACAUUUGGGGGAAAUGGUAAAAUGAUAAUUGGAUUAAGAAAAAAAGCAUAUAUUGAAGGAGGGGGGAUUGUUUAUUUUUAAAAAUAAUGUUACAUGCAGUGGAGCAGGGCAGGUUGGUUUUGGCUGGGAAUAAGGGGGGGGGGCUAGACCCUGGUAGCGAAGAAUGUUCUCGUCUGCUUGAAUCACUUGUUCUUUGCUUUUUAUGACUUUACAUUGUAUGCUGUGAAUGUUUGUGCAAUUGCUAUGGUAUACAAAACCCCUGCUAAGACAAUUAUACGAGAAUUAAAAACCAUAUCCUCAUGAUUUUGCAUGAAGGGGCAAGUUGUCUGAAAAAAGUUGAGAACUUCAGCUUGCUGCCUACUGUAUACAAAUGUACUGUAUUGCAUAGAUUGGAGUAGUUCAUGUCUCUGAGGGAUUUAAAACAAUCUUUCACC